UGCGUCAUCUACUUGGCAGCCAAUGCGCUGCGCCGUCGUUGAGCUGUGUCUGGAAGGGACUGUGGCGCUGGAGUGAGGCGAUCUGAGGAGGGCAGCGACGCUGACGUUUUGUAUAAAGAGCCGAUGGAAGGAAAUAAAAAUGCAAGCGAGAAAAAAGAGAAGCUGGCAGAUCAGAUCAUGCAGAAUCCUCAGGUUCUAGCUGCCCUUCAGGAGAGGCUGGACAGCGUGUCUCAGACGCCAUCGAGUUACAUCGAAACCUUACCAAAAGCCGUGAAGCGGAGAAUUAACGCCUUGAAGCAGCUGCAAGAAAAAUGCGCGCACAUAGAGGCAAAGUUUUACGAGGAAGUUCACGAGCUGGAAAGGAAAUACGCCGCUCUGUACGAGCCGCUGUUUGAUAAGAGAAGAGUAGUUGUGACCGGUGAGGAGGAACCAACAGACGCAGAAUGUGAAUGGCACAGCGACGCCGAGGAGGAAGAGAAGUUAUCGGCAGAAGUAAAAAAUAAGAUGACCGUAUCAGAGAAAGAGCCGUCAGAUGACGACAACCCCAAGGGGGUCCCCGACUUCUGGCUCACCAUCUUUAGAAAUGUGGAUAUGAUAAAUAUAUCUUUACAGGAAUAUGAUGAACCGAUUCUAAAGCAUCUACAGGAUGUAAAAGUAAAGUUUUCUGAUGCGGGCCAACCAAUGUCUUUCACUUUAGAGUUCCUUUUUGAGCCCAACGAGUAUUUUACUAACUCCGUUCUAACAAAAACGUACAAGAUGAAGUCCGAGCCCGAUUCCACAGACCCGUUUUCGUUUGAAGGUCCGGAGAUUGUGGAUUGUGAAGGCUGCACCAUCGACUGGAAGAAAGGAAAAAAUGUCACUGUCAAAACAAUCAAGAAAAAGCAGAAACACAAGGGAAGAGGUACAGUCCGGACCAUAACCAAACAAGUGCCCAAUGAGUCCUUCUUUAACUUCUUCAGCCCCAUUAAAGUGUCCGGGGAGGAAUUGGACGAAGAAAUGGAGAAUUCUCUAGCUGCUGAUUUUGAACUCGGACACUUCUUCCGGGAGAGAAUAGUUCCGCGCGCAGUCCUUUAUUUCACUGGGGAAGCUAUUGAAGAUGAAGAAAGUUUUGAAGAGGGCGAGGAAGGAGAGGAAGAGGAAAUGGAAGGUGAAGAGGAAGCCGAGGAUGAAGAAGAAGAGCUGAGCAACGCUAAAGUGUAAUUUUUUUUCUUAUCAUUCAUUCAAUCCUAGAAAGAACCAGUCCAACCGGCUGAAUGCAAGCAGCAGUGAUUGAUGAAAAAAAAAAGAAACAUAGCAGUUUUUGAGCAAGAAAACGAUUCCUGUUACAAUAGAAAUGGACACGAUUCCAUAAUGCUGCAGCCUAUUUUUAAGUGGAAAUGCUUCUUUUUUUUUUCUUUUUUUUUCAUGCAUGAUUUUUAUUUGUUUUUCUUCUAAUUUCUAAAACUAUAUAUUGGGGAUGUUUUUCGAAACAAGGCGUUCAGGGACGGGGUGAUUCGUUAGAAUGUAAGCACAGUCGGUCUAAACACUGCAUUUUCUUUUCCUUUUGCAUUUUCUUUUUUUACUUUUGCUUUUUUUGUUUUUCUUUUGCAUUUUUUUUUCCUCUUCACGGGUCUGAUGGGAUAUUAUUCUAUCUUCCAAGAACUAACCAAAUGAAACAACAACAAAAAAAUGUAUGCCUGCCGGAACUGAAAAUUUCUACAAGUUGAGAAAUUUAAGUAUAUAAAUGUUGUACUUAUUUAAAAUGUACAGUGUAUUUAAAUGAUGCAAUAAAAUAAGUUAAAUUAAAACCAAACAUAUAUAUAUAUUUUCAGCUCACUGUUAUUUGCAAGGAAAUCAUAUCCAAUAUUAAUGACGGGUUGCUUACCUUUAUGAAAUUGGAAUUUUGUCUUUCUUGUGCACUUUUCUUGCUCUUGUAUGACAAAAAUCAGCGAUUUAUUAUUUUGUUGCAUUUUUUACCAAAUGUCCAGCAUUAUUUUUUUUUAAAUGCAUCCACAGAAUGCAUUUAACUAUUGUGACCUUGCCUCUUUUGCCCAAUACAUGCCACUUCUUACACCAAUUAUAUGGGCAUCUAGAAGGUGGCCUGUCUCCAGUGCCAUGAAAUAUAUAAUUUGUAACGUUCAUAAAAUCAACGAGGCGGCAAAAUCCACAGGAAAAAAAAAAAAUUUUCAAAAUUGCCUUUGGUAGCCAUUGUUAUAAUUAAUUAUUCCAGGGGGAUCAGUUGCCAAACUUCUAGUCCAUUAUAUAUUUUUUUACCAAAUUUAUGAAAUUGGACCAUUGCACGUCCACACUAAGAGUUAAAUUUUGAAUAUGUCGAGUAGCUGGGCCCGCGGAAGGUUGUGGGUCCCUCCUUGUUCUUUUGGUGGAUUAAAGGUACUUAAGCCGCAUUAUUUUUGGAUUAUAAUUGUCCUUUUAUUCUGGGAUAACAUAAUGAACUGAUUGUCUCUGUGUGUGCGCCGAUAGUAAAGACGGAGUGAAUGCGGCUCUCGCUUACAAUGUAUCCUGAUGACUGUUCAGAAGCAGCUGUCUGUCGCAGGUGAUCUGAACCGGUUCAUCUGUUUAACGCAGGUCUGUUGGUGUCAUUGUCAUCUGUUUUUUUCAUUGAUUAAAUCAGGACAUUAAUAAACCAAAAUAAAAAUA